AGACGAGCAAAAACGGCGUAACAACCGCAUGGUUGAAACGAACAAGACUAUUCAACCAAUCAAGUCACAAUCAGGAAGUUCACCGACUGCGGCACCAACGCGAAGCGUUAAAGCGGCCAUGUGGCCUAUAGUUUGGACAGCCAUGCGGACCUACGCCCCGUACGUCACCUUCCCCGUGGCCUUUGUGGUGGGAGCGGUGGGCUACCACCUGGAGUGGUUCAUCAGAGGGACGCCCAAACCCCGCGAGGAGGAGAAGAGCAUUCUUGAACUGAGGGAGGAGAGGAAACUGCUAGAACAAGCCGGGAUGGACGGCACGCAAGUGCUUAGCCUCAAAGAGAAACUGGAGUUCACGCCGAAAGCAGCUCUGAACAGGAACCGGCCUGAGAAGAGCUAGUGCUUUCACACACACACACACACACACACACAAUUCUUAGAAGACAUUUUCCUGAUCCAGCGUAACUGAAGGUAAAGUCAAGCAAGGCGUGCUCAAAUGACCACAUUUUUUCAUCUUUCGGAUGAAUCACAAUAGAUAUUGUGCGCACACGCCCUCUCUGCCCCCACAUUGGUGACCGGUUUCCUCACCAUGGGCACACAUUUUUCAUUUCCUGUAUCUGGAACAGCCAUGCGACCCGAUACUAAUGUCCACACAGUGUCAUACUUGUGCUCUGAUCUUUAGCCAUUGUCUCUAAUUGUGUCACCAAAGAAUAAUUGAUUGAGUAAUGUAUUAUGCGGGGGGGGGGGGGGUGCUUUUUAAUGGCAUGCAGGGAAUCAACCAACAGUGUCGGAGGUCUGUGAUGAAAAUGAAGGUGUGUAGCAUUGUUAUAGUUUAGAACAGCAAGACUUUCAUAAUGGAAAGUUAUCUACUUUGCACAAUGAGCCUUUCCUGUGUGUGUCAUGUGAAAAGUGGUCGAAUAAAGUUUGAAUUGUUCAACUCUGA